AUGGAGCUGAAAGGGGAAACAACUAUGAUGGAUGGAGUACGAAUGAAGAUGGGCGCCUUGGACUGCCCCAUCUGCCAUAAGCCCCUCGGGCCUCGGAUCUACCAGACACAAAAUCUAAGGCUCAAUGUUUAUUCCAAUACGUACCGCAGUGUGCCAUGGGGCACUUGCUCUGCAAAUCAUGCUGCUGUAUCAAGCGCAAGAAGUGCCCUUCCCCACUAUGCCCCAGAACCGUCUUCACGCGCUGCUUUGGCAUGGAGCGCAUCGUCGAAGCCAUUGAGGUUCCCUGUUGCUUCGCCAAGAACGGAUGCACCGAGAAGAUGCCCUACUUCAACAGGGGAAAGCACGAGAAGGCGUGCCAGCACGGGCCAUGCUUCUGCCCGGAGCCCGGCCGGCUGCGGCUUCACGGGGCCAGCGGCGGCGCUGCGGGACCAUUUCACCGGCCACCACAAGUGGCUGUCCACGGCGUUCGAGUACUACGCACAGUUCGACCUCCGCCUCCAGCCGGGCCCGCACGUGCUCCAUGCCAAGGACGGCAGCAGCAUCUUCCUCGUGAACCUGGUGCCAGCGGCGGAACCCCUCGGGCACGCCAUCUCCCUCGUCUCCGUCCAGCCGGAGGUCUCCACAGACGCCAACAAGUCCAUGUUCGGUUUGUCUUUGAUGUUCUCGUGCUUCACGGGCCACCACCAGGUCUUGAGGAUGGAAGACGUGAUGAGCUCGUCGCUGGCCGAUGGUCUGCCAAAGGACGUCGUCUGCUUCGUGCCCAGGGCAUCUCGAGACGACCAUGCCGUCGUCAGUAUCACGGGGGUGGGCCCAGCCGGUAGUCCAGUAGGCCGGGACUACCCUGGAAUUUGA